AUGGCUGCAAACGACACAAUCACAAACACAAAUCUCUCCACCACGAAUCAACACAGGUCAGUGUUUUUGUGCCCUGAACGUUUAAACCCCAACGCGGAUUUAAACAGUAUAACUUUCUCUUGGAUAUUAGUGGCCAUAAUAUUUAUUAACUGUCCUUUUACCGUUCUCUUCAACUCCUUGGUGAUUGUCGCUUUGAAGAAAAGAAGAGAACUGGAGAAACGUUCAAAUAUUUUGUUAUGCAGCAUGACCGUAACAGAUCUCCUAACAGGAGCUAUAACUAUGCCGCUUUCUGCUACUUACGAGCUGUUGAUAUUAAGCCAGGUUCCAUUUGAGGACAUUUGUCCAAUACAACUCUUGGUAAACAAACUAAUGAUCUUUUCACUGUCCACAUCAUCGUUAUACCUCUUAACUGCCAUUGCGUGGGAGAGGAAAAUGGCCGUAAAAAGCUGGAUAAAUUACAGGAACAAUGUUACAGAAAGUCGUCUAACGGGACUUGCGAUAGCUGCCUGGCUGUUUGGAGUUAUCACACCGGGUCCACCAAUGCUAAUGGUGGUGGCUGGUGCACACCGCAAAUUUAUUUCAAUGUGGCUUGUGGGAAAAAUUGUUUCGAUGAUUAGCUGCUUGACCGCCAUUGGCUAUUUUUAUUUCAUGAUUUUCCUAGAAGUGCGGAAACGUGACCGAAAUCAAAUCAACCAAGUUGCCUUUUUAGCCAAAACUAGACUCGAGUAGGGUGGCCAAAACAACAGCUAUGAUAACCAUAGCAAUAGUACUGUCCUUCGUUCCAUUCAUAAGUACAGCCAUUUUGGUAAAUAUUUUCCCCGCUUUCCGUACAUAUCCUGUUUACCGCUUCGCAGAAACGGUGGUGCAGUUUAAUUCUUUAGUAAGUCCUAUCAUGUACUCGUACAGAGACAAACGUUUUCGAAACGCUAUCCUAGAGCUCUUAGGCGUCAAGAAAUUGCAACAAUGAGUUGACGGCCGAAGAAAUUUAAGAAGACGAGAAUCCGUAGGAUUGGUAAAUCUAGCAGAACAAACACAGGGUACCCUAGCUCCAGUCUCAAAAAGAUCAGCUUCGGUUGAGCCUCCUAGAAAACCAAAGAUGCAACUGGAAAGGUCUCUGUCCGAUCCCACGCCUACCAAAUGUGACAAAACGUGCAGUGUCCAGCCUAGUAAAUUAAAGUUACAACAACGCGCGACCAUUUCCACGACAAGCGCUGAAAUCCAUCAUCAAAGAUCGAAGUCUAAUGGAACGCGAAAAAUUCAAAGGAGAAUUCAUACUGCCCUGUCAAUUUCACAAACCAGUGUGGUAUCGCCCAAAGGAAUGGUGAAUCCUAGCCGUGUAUUGAGUUACAAAUCUUGGGAUAACAGAGCUAGAGGAAACAUUUCCAACAGCCGGCAGAAGAGUCAAUUAAAUGAAACAACACGACGACCGAAAACAGCGCCAUCAAACGUCAUCCAUCCCAAUGAAAAAACAGCUCAACACUAG